UCAACCCUUGGGGAGGAAAAGGUAGCCUAUAUUUUGGAAUGUUUUCAAUUGUCGUCUCGUGGAUUGUUGUCAUGGUGAUGGUCGUUGUUUUUGUAACUGGAUUGCAUGAAAAAGUCACUGUGAUCAACUGGCCAUUGACGAUGUUCAUCAACAUGGUGCUAUGGGGUGUAAUGCUGUUAAUAGCCUGUGGUGUUAUGUCCAACACUCUUCGAAAAUAUUAUAGCAAGAAGAUCUAUAAUACACUAUGUAAUUCCCUGGACACUGAUAAAGUCGGUGUAACAUGCUUUCAUCUUAUUAGUGCUACGGUUUGCUGUUUCAUUGCAACCAUUAUUUUUGCAGUCGAUGCAAACUUAAACUAUCAUUUAUUCAAAAGCAGAACUUGUACGACGACGCCAGUGACAUUAAUUAAAUAAUCAGUUGAAACUGUAGCUAUUUUUCUCACCGAUUUUACUUAAAACUGUACUUCUGUUAAAUAAAUGAAGCCAACAAA